UGGAGUUUGUACAAUCUGUAGCUGGACUCAACUCGCCCGUGGACAGCAGACAGGGAGUCGAAACUACCAGAUCAUGAAGUCGUUCGUGUUCAUGUGUCUUGUGGCCUUGGCCACUGCUAAGUACUACAACGUCCGUGUGCAGGAGAAGGGAGUUCAGUUCCGGGAAACAGUCCAGACGGAAGGGAAGUACCAGCUGGUGGAGGUCCCCGCUCACAACGAUCGGGACCACAUCCUCGUACUCAGCAACCUCGAACUCGACCAGACCGUGUACUGUUUCCCUGAGAGGGGCGUGUGUUUCCUCAUCCCCGCCUCUGAGCACGGCGCCGAGCCCGACUCUCAGACCCUGGAGGCCGGCAUGGACCAAGUCAUGACCCAGCGUUCCGGGCAGAUCGGAGACUGGGAGACCGUGGUGGUGGACAACAGGUGGGCGGUGGUCGAGCAGAACCUGGACCGCAACAUCCUCACUGACGCGCGCCUGCGCAGCUUCUACCCCAACCUGCCCCUGCAUCGCGUGCAGAAGCUGCCAGAGGGCGCUGUUGUCCUGUCCGGAAGCACGGAUGCUGUUGCCGCGGCCAAGCGCCAGCUGAUCUCCGGAGCGUGCGCGGCUAACGCGGACCCACAGCGCAUGUACGCCGUGUCCAACCCCGCCGGCUGUGAGUACCUGGUCUUCUGUAACGGACAGAACGACCAGUACAGCGAGUGUCCCCGCCGUCACGUCACAGACACCUUCUUCAUGGUGUGCCUGUGCUGUCCCGAGCAUACCAACAGGGAGCAGUGUCUCUUCUGUCAGAACCUGGAGUGCAGCGGGUACUUCGACAACACCGGCGUCUGCUAAGCGCAGCAGUUCAGACACAGAAGUUCCAGCUACUGCUACACCCUGUUUAACGUCAUGUUAAACUUGGUACUUGUGAGAUUGUGCCAUGAUUUGCCCGCUAGUAGAGAUCUGAUCCCGAAGAAGUGACAGGGGAGGAAAACACUAUUGUUGCUUCGAAUAAAAUUUUGGAACAUGU